AUGACUUUAUUGUUGUUUUGGAAUUAUAGAGGAGCCAAGAAGGUGGAGGCUGCUCUAUAUCUUAAGGAGGUGAUCAAGGAUCAUAGGGUUUUCUUUGUAGGAUUAUUGGAAAUGAAAAUUAAUUCUCAAGAUAAUAGCCACCUUAUGAAAUUUUUGGGCACGAAUUGGGACUCUUUUGUAGUUCCAUCUGUUGGUUUGUCAGGUGGUCUAAUGGUAAUAUGGAGGAAUGACUUAGUAGCUUUUUCUGUUAUUGAAGCUUCUUCUCAGAUGAUUUUGGGUAAACUGGAGGUUCACGGCAAAGGUAGCUGGAUUGUUGCUUCUGUGUAUGGCAGUACAAAUGCUCACGAAAGGAAGAAACUUUGGAUUGAUAUUGAAAGGCAUUGUUCAAAUGAUCUCCCUAUGGUAGUGGGAGGGCAUUUCAACUGUGUACUUUCCCAAACUAAGAAAAGGAGAGGGAAAACAUUUUGCUUGACUAAAGGGUCAAAGGAUUUUAAUAACUUCAUGAUCAUUAAUGAUCUUCAUGAGGUGAAAUCAAUGGGACCAAGGUUCACUUGGUGUAACAAUAAAACUGGUAAUGCCAGGAUAUUGGAGAAGUUAGACAGGUGUUUGAUUAAUUCCUCUGCAUUGAACAACAUCCAUCUUGCUAUAGUUAAGCACUUAUCCUGUAUAGCAUUGGAUCAUUGUCCGAUACUGUUGGAUAUCUACAAACUUAUGGAGAGUUCAAACAGGGAUAUCCAUUAUGAAGAGACUUGGGCAUCUUACCAUGGUGCAACUACAUUGGUGAAGAAAAUUUGGCUUAAAAACUGUUUGGGUUAUCCACCAUCUGCUCUCAAUUUAAAACUCAAGAGGACUCUAAGAGGUCACUUUUACUGGAGUAAGGCAAAGUUCAUGAAUCUGAAUUUAUUAAGGGAUAAACUGAAGAAUGAAAUUCUGGAAAUUCAGAUGGAGGAGGAUGAAGGUUUGAUAUCUUUUGAUAUAUUACAUCUUUUGAGGUUUAAAAUUAACGAACUCAGUGUUACUUUGGCUAGGCUCAACACUUGGUGGAGACAAAGGGCUAAAGCAAGAUGGAUGGACGAAGGUGAUUGUAAUUCGUCUUCUUUUCAUUCUUUUGCCAAUGCUAGAAGAAAUAACAACUGGAUUAGUUAUAUAAUGACUAAGGAUGGUAUUAUUUCGGAAGAUGAAGCUGUGAUCCAGAGGACUUUCUCAGAUUUUUUCAAGUUGAAAUGGCAACACAGAAAAUGUUCAUUAGAUGGGUGGCUGAAUCCAUCUGCUGUCAUUAGUAAUGUUGACCAAAUUAUGCUUGAUGCUAAGUUUACAAGGGAGGAAUUACAGGUGGUUGUGGAAAAUUAG